AUGGACGAGUCCAAUCCUCGUGCGAAAACUGCGGCAAACGUUGUCGACAAAAUGUUUCAGGAUGGACUAUGCGACUUAUUACCUGUAUUAUACGAGGCAGCAACCAUUCUUGCGUCGAUUCCCGCUACGUUCUGUACUGCUGAAAGGUCAUUCAGUGGAUUGCGGCGCGUGAAAACCUACCUCCGCUCGACAAUGGGCGAAGAACGCUUGAAUUCUAUCGCUGUCAUUAACAUUGAACGAGCAUAUGCUAACCGAACUAUUAAGAACGACAUGGUUAAAAUAAUUGACACUUUUGGUAGACGAAAUGGACGAGAUAGCUAUUUCUUGUAA